GCACAUCAGAUUCCCGAGAAAGGCAACGAAGCCUUUAUAAAACUGAAGUUAGUGAAGGAACCCAAUAAUUAAUUCAUUUCAAAACUAAAAGAUCAAAAACUUAAACAGAACCAAAAACAAGAGAGAGAGAAAUGGAAUUGGGGAAGUUUCAAGGGCAAAAUUCCAUGGAUGAAGAAUUUGAAUUCUUGCAAAUUGGAGAAGAAGACUAUGUGGGUCUUUCGCACUGGGAGUUCGUUGAUGCCUCUGAUGCAGACUCAGAAGAAAAACACCACCACAACCACCACUCUGACUCCGAACAACAAGAAGACAAAGACGAAGAAGCAAAUGGGUCUGAUGGGCUCAGUAUCGGGCCUUCUUCAUUUUCCUCUUCAAUCUCUUCGACCUCUCCGCCAAUGGCAGUUCCAGUCGGUGGCCAUAGCCAUCGUCGUCCCCAUCUUGUUCGAUUUCUCGAUGUGGGCCUCAAUCUCAAACCCCGUCACGAUUUUGACGGUGGUGAUGAGGAUGAGGGCCUUGGUAAUGAUGGUGAUGAUGACGAUGAUGAUGGGUAUGGUUUAGAUGACGAGCUCGUGCCGUGGUCGGUGAGCGACAAGUUUGGGAGGCAGAGGAUGAGGAAAUUGGGGAAGAGGACAUUUCCGAAGAUGAACAAUUCGAAGCGAUCGCCUUACUUGCUUGUGAGGCCUGGCUGCGUCCGUGGGAAGCAUGGGCUGGGUUUGAAGCACAUAAACUAAAAGGAUUUCUUCAGUUCAUUGCUGGGAAAGAUUAGAUCUUUGGAGAUUUGGGUAUCUUUUACAACUGGUUUUGGAUGUAAUUAUUUGUAGUUGGGAUGAAGUAGUCUUAUGUUAAUUUGGGUAAAUAUGGGGUUUGGAUUUAACAUGUGGUUGUUGAUUCUGAAUCUCUUACUUGUUAUAUUUCAAUGGUCUAUAUAAGAAUCAAAUUUCUGUUGUUGAUGA